UCCGCGCUGACCAACACAAGUCCAGCGAUUAUCAACAGAAUUAGAGAAUUAGGUGCUUCCAGCUAUUGAACACCUUAGCGCUACGGAGCUGCCUAUAGUUCACCGCUCAUCUUUAGCGUUAUACAUCGCUCGCCGUACCAGACCCAGACGCGAAGAGAAUCCUGAAUCAAUCAGCUGCCCGGAGCGAUCGCUCCCGCUUGCCGUUGGAACCGAAGCCCUGCUUGCACCGUGAAGUCCACCUGAAGAACCCGCUUCGGCCACUUGGAUCGAGCUACCCUUCCUGGCGGUCGACACCAACGGUUCCCUUCGCGGCAGAGACGACACCGGUUGCCCGAGGCCGGUCAACGCAAAGAAGAUGAGGACUCUCCUGCUCCUGACGCUCGUACUGGGGACGAUCGUCGCUGCCCCUGAUGUGAUCUCCCCCGGACCUACCUCAGGAGUAGUUCUUAGGGAUAAUUCGGGACUACUAAUCACAAACUGCCGGUUACAUACCCAAAGGGUGUUUGUACGACUGAACCCGGAGGACGUAUGUAAAAAGAACUUCCCUGAUUGGUCCCGCCAAGUGGGGUGGGCUGGGCAUUGGUGGGUACGAGAGGCAGUAAGCCAUGCCGAACGAGACACCACCCACAUGCUACAACAGCUGCAAAAAUUUGCGGUCACACAGUCUGAACUGAAUGGGGCUCAAAAGAGAUCCAAACGUUUUCUUGCAGGUUUAUUAACUGCUGCCGCCGCUGUAGGCUCACUCCUUGGCGUCGGCACAUCCGCUGUUAAUGCCGUGGGUCUAGCCACGGUCCGCCGUAAUGUAGGGGAACUACAGGCAGAACUACCACACAUCAAGGACCAAAUAGACACCCAACAGAGUCAGCUACAGGCAAUUGGACAAACCUUACAGGGUACUAUUGUGGUCCUCAAUACCCACACGGUAGCUUUGAACAAAACUCUGCAAACGAUCACCUCCCUGACCCGGGCAAUCCAGGCAGAUAUGGCUCAUAUCCAAGUGAUUAACAUGCUUUUGAAUGACAUGCUACAGGAAGUGGGAUCCUCGGUAGACAGUCUAGCUAUGGGCAAGAUACCAGCUUAUCUGGUGCCUUUAACCCUGGUACAGGAAAUCCUCAGUCGGGCUACCCGAGAGGAAGUUACUGAUCUCCAAGCACAUUUAGCCUAUACACUCGGAAGUGCAGUACCUCUUUAUGUCAACCCAGAAAAUAGAGAAGUAGCUUUUCUGGUCAACUUACCUAUAAUAGCUGCGGAAAACAUUUAUCGCUUAAAAGAAGUGGUAAAUGUCGGGUUUUGGCAAAAAGAAGCACACAUCAAAAUUCAGACUCCGACCUUGGUAGCUUACCAAGACAGCAAUCCUGGACUUUAUCUGGCCCCAAAUUUGCGCAUGUGUACCCUGUCCAAGGAUAUACACUAUCUCUGUCCCAGUAAACCGUUCACUCGAGAGGGUGCUGGCAAUCUUUGUGGUCUUAAGCCCAUGCUCACCAAGGACCAGUGUCCUGCCACUGUCACUCAUAGGUACCAACAGGUCGAGACUCAGGUUGAAAUCGUAGGGAGCCGGUGGUUGGUAAAUACUGCGGCACGGGAAGCUGUGUUGUCCUAUGACCAGCAUGAUAUCGAUGAACGUAUUCCCCUUCCGGAACAAACAUUUUGGGUAGACGUACCACCUGGGGCUACUCUGCAUGUUGGGGAAUGGUCCCUGUACCACUUAGUACCUGAUCAAUAUGAGAGUGAAAUUGAGGUGUCUGAUUUCUUUACUACCCACUCCUUGGAACUCAGCCCUGACACCCUUGGUCGGAUACAGUAUGAGGGUCCCCAGUCUAUCGAUUUGACCCCCAUCAAUAAUGUCUUAAAAGAGAUCGAGUCGCGUCCCACAUGGACAGUCCAACCUGUAAGAUACUCCUGGUCAUUGCCCGAUACCUUGUUAGCUGCGCUGGUAUGUCUGGGUUAUGUAGCAACCUUUGGUAUAACGUGUUUUUACCGUAGGAAGACUGUGAAGCUACAGAGACAGAUGGAUUCAUGGUCGGGUAAGGUGGUUAGAUUUGUGAGACGUAGAAGGGGGGGUCAAGAAGUGUCAGUGGAAACUCAGGAGGACGCAACUGAUGAACCUAUGCAGGCAGCUGCAGUAAGGGAAGUGGUUUAGCUCUGGUUUGGAUAACGCUAAUGCAGCCUGUUGUGUACUGACCAGCAAAUGCCACCAGUAAGAAUUGAGAUACCCAGUAACCUCUUUUGUCCACAGCUAUCUACGUCAUCUCAUCGGCUGAUAACCUGGAUCUCUGCUGAUUAUCACCCGAUGGGGGGGGAUAUGUAGCAGAUAGCCUGAUAUCUCAUU